AUGGCUAAAAAUUUAGAGAAGAGAAAACGCGAAUUUAGUGUUCCAAUAAAGAAUGUGACUGUUGAGACAACGAAUAAAAGUGAUAGCGACAAGUAUGACAUUCGAAUCAAGGAUUCUUAUAUUGUUUCACCGCAAAAGGAUACCCCUUUCGAGUCGAACUUCGAGGAGAUAAGGAUUUCUGAUGUCACUACAAACAUAUCUGAUAUAGAUGAAAACAUCGAUUCUGGUGAACAUAAAAAUCCAAUUAUCCUUAAGAACGAGAACAUCAUACCAUCUGGGAUUUCGGGUAUCGAGUCCGUAAUGGUGGAGGUUGCAAUUCCAGACAUCACUGUGAACUUAUCUAAUAAGGACACAAAAGUCGAAACAACAACAACAUCCAUAACUCCAACAUCUAUAGUUUUAGCACCAUGA